AUUUUCAUUUCCCUGUCGGUCCUCCCACAUCCAAUGUCCGGCUCGCAUACUGGUUGCCUAACAACAGUUCCGCCAAUAACGCCGCAGUUCAGUCGGAGGAGCAGAAAGCCGACGGCUUCAAAAACAGCCCAGCAAGAGGAGUGAGCUCAUCAAUAAACACGCUGCGAGUUUUCUGCUUUUCGAGACUAUUUUUUUUUCCGGCAGAAAUCGUGAAGACGCGAAGAAUGACGAGCAGUUUCUGGCCGGACCGCGCAGGUGUUUCUGAUGACGGAGGCUCCCGCUGAUUCUACGGUCAUCGGCGAAGUUAGAAAGUGGGUUCGGGUCGACCCAUUUACGGCUCCGCGGCGGGCUCCGGUCCUCAGGGAUUCUCUGAUCCACUCCCUCCCGGAUAAUCCGCUUCCCCGGAAACUCCUGAGCUCCAGUCCCUGUCUGCUGAUGCUGCAGUGAUAUGGGAGAGUGGUGGCUGACUGAGACAUCUAUGGAAAACUAUGAGAUCUCCAGCAUAUCACAUGUGGCGAUGUCCCCCUCCAGGCACAACAACCUUGUGUCGGCCUAUUCUCUGCCUUCCUGCAAAGGCUCCUACAGUGUGAUCAGUGCUUUUUGCACUGAAGAGAACAUUCCUCAAUGCAUUUCAUACAUCAAUCAGGAACUCGGCUCGCUCGGCCUCGCCGCGCAUAUCCAGGCCGACCCCCCUGGGAGAGCAGGUCUGAACGCAGUGCCAGUGUUGAAUGCCAUGUAUGAACUGCUGCAGAUUCACAGGAGGACCAUGAACAACGUGGAGGAGCUGGAGAGGGAGCAGCUGAAGAAGUCCAGCACCUUGGAGCACAUGCAGAUGAACAAUUCCAGACUCAAGGACCAGUUGGAACUUUCCAUCAGAGAAAAAUCUGGCCUUCACGAGACGGAGAGGCAGCUCCAGCUCAAACUGAAGACUCUGCAAAGCUGCCUAAAAACAGAGAAAGACGAGGUCCAGAAGCUCCAAAGUAUCAUCGCCAGCCGUGCCUCUCAGUACAGUCAUGACGCCAAGAGGAAAGAGAGAGAAGCUGCUAAGCUGAAAGAGCGCCUGAGCCAACUGUUGGUCGACAGAAAGGACAAGAAACUCGCCAUUGAAAUGCUGAAUUCUCUGGGAAGGUCAGACGGAAAAAGGAGCCACUGGAAAACUGCAAAAGCGACUGCCAGCCAUGAGGCCGAGAUGUUCAAAUCCCUGCUGAGUGACUAUGAGGCCAGCCAGAGGGCUCUGAUGCUGGAAAAUGCUGAACUCAAAAAAGUGCUGCAGCAGAUGAAGAAGGAGAUGAUCCACAUCCUGAGUCCGUGUCAGCCGUCUAACAGAGGAGCGUCUGCUGAGGAGAGCCAGGAGCUGUCACAGGCCGACUCGGACAGGGAGGAGCGCAGCGCCGACACCAGCAGAGACACUCUGGACCAGUCCUGUGAGCACGCUCGGGAACAGCUGACCAACAGCAUCCGGCAGCAGUGGAGGAAGCUGAGGAGCCAUGUGCAGAAGUUAGAUAACCAAGCGUCUCUGGUGCAGAACCAGCAGCUGUCCAACGCCGACGUGAUUCCUCUGGAAGCUCACGAGCACGAGGUGGAGCGGAUGAGGCUGGAAGUCCAGCAGUGCAAAGAGUUCAUUCAUGCGCAGCAGCAGCUCCUGCAGCAACAGCUCAACACGUCGUUCGACGACGAGACGGCGGCCGUCCUCAACGGCUGUUACACGCUGGAGGAGAAGGAGCGCCUCAAGGAGGAAUGGAGGCUCUUCGAGGAGCAGAAGAGGAACUUUGAGAGGGAGAGGAAGAACUUCACCGAAGCUGCUAUCCGACUGGGCCGAGAGAAGAGAGCUUUUGAGGAGGAUCGAGCCGCCUGGCUCAAGCAUCAGUUUCUGAGCAUGACUCCAUUCGCUGAGCGGAUGAGAUCUUCCUCGUCGGACGGCCAAAGUGUCCUUUCAGUCAAAAGUGAGCCGGAGAUCAAGAGGUCUUCUUCAAAAGCUCCACCAGUCAAAUCCUCAACCUACACUACGUUCUCUACUCCCAAGUCCUCACAAUCUGCCGCCGUGCCAUCCACGACUGACGUUUAUCGCACACUCCGACUCGUCUCAGACUGCAGCUCCUCCAGACAUUCAAAUCAAAGACGCUGGCAGGAGUCGAGCACCACCGAGGAUGACGAUUCGUGGCUCAAGUCAAAAAACAAAGUCUGCUCCAGUGAUCUGAGUAUUUUCUCCUUAGACGAAGAUAAGAACCAGCUCACCUGAUUGCAUCUUCGACUCCAUUCUUGAUUGUCUUGACAGUACAGAUCAUUCAUCACCAUCAAUCAAACACAAAAGCACUUUAAGGAGUCGUAUUCUCACAAGCUAAUAAACACUCGUAUCAUCUCUGUGACAUAUUUUUAAAAAUAUAAAAGUAUAAAUUAUUGAA